CACACACACACACGAGUCCUCCUUCCAGCAGAGGUCCCUUUGCAUUUGAGAGUUUGUUUGGACUUUGUGAGUUGCUGGAAGCGUAACCAUGGCAUUGCUAAGGUCGGUGUCCGUGCCCGAAACACAAAAACGUCUCCACUGCUGGCCGGAAUUGAAACCUAUCCUUUACCCAGUCAAUGCAAAAUGAAAAACCUGAUCGACAGCCAGAGUCAGAAAUGCUGGGCCGAGCUGAUCGACAAGGAGUCAGCCACCCGGAUCAACUGGAAGGAGAAAUAUGGGGAUACGUUCUCCCUGAUUCCCGACACUGCUCCCAAGAAAGUGCCAAAAGUGUUCCAACUCCCCGCCAGGGACGUGGUCCUCCCGGCUAUCCGCUCCGCCAGGCGGCAGGAGGGGACGAGGAGGGUGGUCGCGGUGCAGGGGCCCAUGUCCGGGCCGGUGGAGGAGAUGAGGGGGGUGAGUCCGCAGAUCCGCGGCCUGCUCUACGACGGCUUCUCCAAGGAGCAGAGGGGCCGCCACCAGUACCUGAGAAAGAGGGCGGCAACACUGCCCGAGGACAAGUACUACUACCCCGUCCUCUCCUCAUGGACCUACGGCUGGCGGCAGGGUGAUGUCGUUGGGGAACUCCAGUUACCUGCUCACGGUCGACUGAGGAUCAUCAACAAUACGUUCUUCAGGAGAAACGGGAUCUUCCACAAUCAAUCGGUAACUGAUGGGCUUGCACGUUGAUCUGAAGGAUGAAAACAGCAAACUCACCAAAGACCUUUGAAGUGAUUCUCUGCUCUCGCCCACGUCUCUCUGUCUCCCGGUGUGGCAAAGAUUCCCAACAUUCCCAACAGAAGGUAGACAAAAAUGCUGGAGAAACUCAGCGGGUGAGGCAGCAUCUAUGGAGCGAAGGAAUGGGUGACGUUUCAGGCCGGGAACCUUCUUCAGACUGUGGUUUACAGGAGGAAGUAUCUUCAACUCUCGCCUGUAAGCUGCCCACAAGGUGGUGAACGAUGGAUGGCUAGCGAGCUCAGGAAUGAAAAAGCCUCAGAGACUAUAACAAUGUCGGGGUUGUGCAUCCACAGAGGAUAUUCAUUGCUUGCGACCUGGUGGGAAGAUAUUGUGGAGACAGGCUUGCAGAAUCCACAAACAUUGAAAUGUCUCAUCUCUAUCCUGUGGGAAACUUUGGUCCAGCAAAUAUGUCCUGCCCCCUCCCCUGACAUCAGUCUGAAGAAGGGUCUCGACCCGAAAACAUCACCCAUUCCUUCUCUCCAGA